AAAGUAAAACAAAGAACGUUUGGACAUGGCUACGGUAACGUCUUUACCGGACGCGGUAAUUAUUCAUAUUCUCUCUUAUCUCGACUAUCCUCGUUUGGUACGAUGCUCAAGGGUUUGUUCACGAUGGCACAGGCUCUGUUACGACCCCAGCUUGUGGAAAACUUUACGUAUUCGGCCGAAACAUGCUACGAACGUGGCAGCUGAUACAGUCGCAAGGGUUGUCGCUCGAAGGACCAAUCUAAUUUCGAGCAUCAAUCUAACGAACUGUACAGGUGUAAAAGAUGAGUCUUUGAAGCAUAUUUCCUUAAACUGUCCAAACCUGAAAAAACUGUAUCUAAAUGGAUGUAAUUUAAUUACAGAUUACGGCAUUUUCGCUUUGGCGCGCAAUUGUGAUGCUUUGGAAACGGUUUCGAUACCUUUGAAGAAUGUUUCUGAGAGGGCUCUCUCUAAUUUGGUUAAAAAUAACUCAGGUUUACGGAAGCUGUACGCUUACUCCAUUGCGGUCACAGAAAACACAAUCAAGGUAAUUUCAUCAGGAUGUCCUGAACUUGAAAAAAUGAUCGUUUACGAGGCUUCCUUGGAGGACGAUCAGAAAAGUUAUGCUGAUGUUUUGACCGAUCAAAUGAUGCGGCUUUUGGCAAAUGGAUGCCGAAAAUUAAGAAAGUUGACCCUCAGGUAUAACCAAGUAUUGGUCAGCGACAGGAGUUUGGCGGCGUUAGCGAAAAAAUGCCGAAAACUGGAGUCUUUCGUGAUCGAUUAUUGCGACAAAGACGGAGGAAUAACUGACUUUGGAGUUUGUACAAUAGCUCACUUAUGCCGAAAUUUAAAAUGCUUGAACAUUUCCAAUGGCGUCAUCACCGAUGUGUCCUUGAUCGUAAUUGCUGAUCAACUGCCUUUUCUCGAGGAUUUGUCACUGGAAUUUAGCGAAAUUACCGACGUAGGAGUGUAUGCGCUGAUGAACAGAUGCGAAAAACUAGCAAGGCUUAUUGUCCAUAAUUCGGAUAGUAUUGAAACAGGUAUUACCGACAACACUGCUUGCGUGAUCGCGAAUUAUGCCAGCGAUGAGUUUCGAUCAUUGGGCCUUGGGUUCGCGGAUAUAACGGACGAAGGACUAAAAACGAUUUGUUUCAACGUGGAACUUUCGUUUCUGUCCAUAAACGGUUGUAGUAAACUCACUUAUGAAGGUCUUAAAUCGUGCUUUUGUUAUCUAGAUUGCUUGUGGAAUUUGGAUAUUUCUUUCACGGACAUUGUGGGCAAAGACGAACAGCUGUUGGAAAUAGGAAAUUCUCUACCAUGUUUGGAAACACUUGACAUUACGGAUUGUUUCAGCGUUUCACAAGAAAGCGUUAAGGCUUUCAAAGAAAAAUUUCCUCACUGUAAGGUAAAUAUGUAGGAAUCAAAAACGACCGGAAGGAAAAAAGUUGAAACUUCUUGUUUCUACCUGUUUUAUUACUCAUCGCAAAAAUAUUUCUUUGUUAAGGUCGAAAUUACGUUUUCCGUGCUUUGGGUAUAGCGUUUGAUCGCUUGCAAAUAGUUAAGAUAAUAUAUUUAUCUAUAACAAAAUAUUUAAGCUUGCUUUUGACAAAUUCAUUUAGUUUGCCUGUAUAAAAUGUUUCCUUUGUCACAGAAAUUUCAUAUUGAAUAGCAAUCAAAAUUCAAAGGUUUGAUCAUUGCCCAUGAUUUGAGCCAUGUUUUUUUAAUGAAACGACAGUAUGUCAGUAUUGAUACAAACAGAGAAAUGAAAAAACUACCUGGACCGAGUAAAGUAAAAUUUUUACUUGAACACUUGAAAAAUGCUUUGGUUUCGCACCAUGUUAAGUCACGUAAAACGAACAUUGUGUGUUUCUGUUUCCAUAUUAGGAGUUUAUUUAAUUAAACAAGAUGCCUUUAAUCUCAAAGUCAACAUACUCUCACCAAAAGACCUUUAUAAAUUUGAAAAGAAGAGGAUUAAAAAAACCUUGUCUUUUACUCUGAGUUUGUAAAAGUUAGAGGUAAUUCUCAGAAAUAUGUUUUUCGGCUGAGUCUUGCAUACAUUUUGGUCACCUGCUUUCCUUCUUGACAAGCUCUAUCACAUAUGUAAAUAUAUGUGUGUUAUUAUGCAGAUUUUUUGGCAGGUACAUACACAUUUCUUUUCUUCUCAAAUAUUCAAACUUUGAUGUAUGUUUGGAUAGCUGCAGCAAUGAUGUGCACGUAUUAAGGCAACAUAUAUUUUUUUUUUGUGCUGUCAACAAUAGAUAUAUUCUUUAGGUAAACUGAACCAGCAGUUUACAAAAAGUACUUACAAAAUAAGGUGGAAUUCAACAGUGUAGUCAAACAUUGUUGUAUUUGAAACACUGAAGGCAAACUGUUUGAAGACAAGGAUCUUGUGAACUGCAAAUUGAAGCAGCACAAAAGAAUGUUUUGAUUCCAGAUUCCAUGUGGAGCAUUGUCGUAAACAUCAUCUUAGAGUAAAUAUGGUUUAAUAUUUUCCCAUUUUAUGACCUGUAUUUUCUUACAAAACUUAUGUUAAUUUUACUGCCUUGACCCCUGCUUUAUGUAGGAAUUUUUUAUCAAAUUUGUUUGCAAAUUGAUUAAAUUGAACAAAGAAAAGACAUCUCUGUGUACCAAUCUUUUAAGAAUGUUGUGAGAAACAUCACAUCGUCCACAGCUGAUUAAAAAAGAUUCAGCAGCUCAAAUAUACUUCACAUGAUAAUUUUUCCCAUUGUACCCUGCAACAAAGGCUGAUCUUUCAGGUGACCUAACUUUGUAUGUACAACUCUUUAAAAUUGUGUUUGAAAUGGUCUGGAAGUCUUUGUAUUGGUUACUCUGACGAUGUUGAUAUAAACCUUUGCUUUUGCAUUCUUACCAACAGAGUGAUUUAUUGGUAAAAUGUCCUUGUUUAGAAAUGGGAAGUGAGCCCUGAGAGGAUAAAAAGUAAAUAUUUGUAGUAAUAAGGGUGCCACCUGCUGGUGUUUUUCAUCAACUACCAGUUUCUUUCCCUUAAACACAACAGGGAACUUCUGUUUCUAAGCAUUUUGCAUUUUUCUGUAGAGAAGGCAGGUGGCAUCAGUAUGUGAAAAGGGUACCCGAAGGCAGCUGUA